AUGCAGUCGAAUCAGGCACGUUCAGCAGCAUCAAGUAGUCAAGGAAAUUUACCGCGUAAAAGGAAUACGCAUAUUCAAAGUUUGAAGGCUAGACUUCGAACAAAUAUUAAUUCAAUUUUGUCUAAUUAUGAAAUGAUUCUGUCUCGAUCUAAGAUUGAUCCAAAUGAAUUAACUAAAGGAUUAAAUCCGUAUACUCAAUGUGCUCAAGAUACAUUUGAGUUUAGCGUGAGAGCUGCUAACAUUGUUCAUGCAUGUGAAAAUAUUGCUCGUUUAGUAUCAGAAAUUAAACAAUAUUUAAUAUUAGGUGAUUUUUGUUGGUUAGCUGAGGUGACUGAAUGCAAUCGUGAAAGGCUACGUCGUCGUACAUUAGAUAUCGAUCGAGCGACAAUACGUUUACGUGAUAAACUCAUUACAGAAUUGCAUAGUUUAGACGAAGAGACAAGUCCAGAUUAUCCUAUCCCAACAUCAUCGUCAUCAUUGACUUCAUCGAUGGAUACAACAUAAAAAUAUAUUUAUGAAGUGUAUAUCAAAGAGGACUCAGGUUGUCACACUAUGAAACUUGAUCA